UCUGUGAGUGUGUUUCAGUGUUUUCAGUGUUUGAGACAGACAGAGAGUCAUCCAAAGGCUUUUAACCAUGAAGCACUUAGUGCUGUUGUCGAUGCUGUUGGCGUUGGGGUGUGUGCACAUCCACGGUGCACCGGUGGAGCAGGAUGGCAUAGAGCAGGGGUCGUGUACUGAUGCCGUAGCGUUGGGUGCUGCAGGUCAGGCUCUCACCAAAAUCAACGGGGAGCGCCAGGAGGGCUACAUCUUCAGCCUGCGUCGCCUGGCCAACGUCCACAUGACAAAACACGGAGAGACCGGCUUCGUUUUCUACCUAACCAUGGAUGUUGUGGAGACAAACUGCAGUGUUCUCAGCAGGAAGAGCUGGAAGGAGUGUGAAGCUCGUGGCGAACAUGAAAUGCCAACAUAUGGACAGUGCAAAGCUGCUAUCUACAUGAACAGGGUGCACAGAGUGGUUCGCCUCUACAAGUACAACUGUGUUGUCAGACCAGUUCCUGCAGAAAGAGUGACAGUGGUUUGUCCUGACUGUCCAUCUCUUACAAGCUUGGACAACGAGCCGGUUCAGAAGACUGUGGCUAGCACUCUGGAGAAGUUCAACAAGGAAGGCGGUCUGCCCAAUUACUUUUCUGUGCUUAAAGUUACCCGUGCUACUUCAGGGCACGCUGUCGGUAUGUAUUACCAUGUAGAGUACACCAUCCAGGAGACAACCUGCGCCAAGGUCGCAGAUGCUGCAAAACCUGAUGACUGCCCCCCCAUGGCCUGCGAGUUUGCUCACAGAGGCUUCUGUAAGGGCUCCAAAUACGGAACUCCAACGGGCGAGGACGUGAUCAGUGUCGACUGUGAGAUCUAUGAGCCUGAGGCUGCUGACAGAGAGAAGAAACAUCACCUUCUGGGUGGAGAGACUGACCACAGCCACACCGACUCAACAGCACAUGGCGCUGAACACGACCAAGCACACGCUGCCGAUGACACACACACACACGACCAUGUCCACGACCACACCAAGAGCCACGCUCAACAUGAUCAAACCCACACACACGCUGACACCAGCGACCACCACCACUCACACGACCAUGGAGUGGGCAGCUCCCACAAGCACGCUCACGACCACUCCCACGAUCACGGCCACGGCCAUGACCACGCGCACGCUCACCAUGCCAAGGCACAUGACCACAGCGCCGACACACCCAACCAUCACCAUGACUACAAGCACGCAGAUGGCACACACACCCAUGAUCACGACCACGAGCUUGCUCUGGACCACGACCACAAGCACGUUCACUUGCACGAACAUGAGCACCACCACCAUCACCAUGACCACGAGCAUGAAGCCACAGCCCACGACCACCCAGAGGGCAUGGUGAGGGUACUGCCUGCCCUGGGCCAGCCUGUGACCAUGCCUUCCUUCCCUGACGUGCCUGCAGGUGGCCCUGAGGUUGGAGUCACCCUGCCCCUCAAACCCGACCCCCAGAUCCCUGGAGAGACAGAACCCACCAUUCUGCCCUUCCCCACCACACUCUCAGCUGAGUGCGCCGCCCCGACCGCGGGAGAGGAAAGUCCCCUGCUGGAGAAACUCUUCGCUGAGGACCCCACGUUCAAAGUAGCUGCGUAAAAUGGCUCAUAGAACAUGGAACUGAACUGAUCUAAAAAAAAAAAAAAAAAAAAAGGAAACAAAUAUGCAGACUAAAGUGUAGUGAAGACUGGAAAUCUCCAUUUAACAUUUAACACAUUUGCUCCAAACACAUUAGCAGACAAAACAAUGCACCUCGACCACUUUCCUUUCAACAAAUAGCAGUUUGUUGAAAACAUAGAACAUUUCACCUUUCCUGUCUCUCUUCACUUUUGUUAUCUAAUAAAAGCAGAGUGCAAAAAAAAUCACUCUUACAUGAACAUCAGCAAGAACCCUGGAGAUAUAAUAUUGUCAUAUUCACUUGGAGGAACCUUCCUGAACAGUAAACAUCUUAAUAUUAUUUUACUCAAUCACACAAUCAAGCCUGGUAAACAUGAAAGGUUGUUUUUUAAAUUUUCUGUUCAUGUGUCAUCUGUGCUUGGUUGCACUAAACAAUAAAAGAUACCACAAACACACAA